GUCUGACCAUGAUUUUGAGGUCGACAACAGUGUCUGCAUGGGCUUUCAGUUGCGGCAUUGGAGGGAGUAGUGAUUUUUUUUUUCCGAAAAGGAGGUUGACCCCCGACCUCUGCAUCAUCGUGAUGCACCGAGGGAGUAGUGUUGAGAGGCUGGCCGCCGUGGAGGAAAGCUGGUGAACAACGAACCCAUCAGGAAGCGUGGCAUCUCCCAACAGAAGGAGCAGGUGCAGGGCGCUGGCUGCGGUGGAGAAGAGCCAGCAGAUGAUGGCACAAUGGUGUCCUAUGCAGUGACGAUCAUGUGAGUGAUCUAUGUAAGUUCACGUGUUGUUGUAGCUUCUCCAGCGAGGAAGCGUCGAACCCACUAGGAAUCAUUGACUGGUCUUGUGGAAGUUCCAACUCUGAAAUCUCUUGAAGCUCAUAAAAAAAUCGGAUGUGAAAGUAAAGGCGCAUAUGGUCAUACCUCAUACGAACAAGAGCAGGAUACUUCCUUACUAGCAAGAUGUUGGUGAACGGUGGAAAAUAUUCACUUUCCUGUAGAGACUCUAGAUGCAUCUUACACUGUGAAGGAGAUAUCUGUCACGUACCACGGUACCAGGACAAGAGAUGCUAAUUUCGCCUUCCCGGGGAAGCUCUAGGGCCAGAGAUCAGUAAUCUGGCCAGCCGGUGCCUUAGCCAGCAGGCAGCUAGGGCAGAAGAGUAAGGGAAAAGAGUCUUAGGGCGAAAACUUCUUUAAUAUUGUAUGCUCUAACGAGUACAGACUAUUUACAUAGGACAACCAUGACGUGAUUGACAAGUUGGUUCUAACUCAAUCUGUACCUAAUUUAAACCCUGGAAGGUACUCCUCUUUUCUAACAAUAACAUGACUCAUUACUAAUCAAAACCUGAUCAAAUACUAAAGGGUGCAGCCUCUUCAUGCAUCGCAGUUGCAGCCGGCCUGUCCUUCCUAGUGUAGAGAAUUUCCCCAGAUAAUAAUAACAAUGUUGUUCUUCAGCAAGUUGUAAUUAAGUCUUCUUUGUUUUCAGGACUGUGAUCGUGCUGCGAAAGCUCACAAGGAAGUGCAGCUCUUUGCAGCAAUCAAUCACUGGAGUUUGGUGAGGUCUCUAUGUGUUAUUAAUAAAGGGAAUCAGUUUAUUGUGAUCAGUGAGUAUGUUCCAAAUGGCAGUCUAAGGCAACACCUGCAUGGCCAAUAUCAGAAAAUCCUGGAUUUGGACCAACGCAUAUUGAUCGCUAUUGAUGUUGCUAUUGCCUUGACCUAUCUUCAUUUAUCUGCUGCAGGGGAAACAAUGAUCUGUUAUAAUUUGAAGACAACGAAAAUCCUUCUGACAGAGAGUUAUAGAGCAAAGUUGGGCACUUUUGAAUUGUCAAGAAGUGGUACCGUGAACCAAGUGAUAGGGACAUUUAGCUACAUGGAUCCACAAUACAUCCGUGGUGAGCUGACAGUUAAAUCCGAUGUCUACACUUUUGGUGUAAUACUCUUAGAAAUUAUAUCUCCCCGCGGACCGCAAAUGUGGAACCAAGACAUUCUAAACCCGGUGAUCUUUGACAACCAUCCUGAUGAACUGCAAAGGUUUGGCAUUGUGGCAUGGGCUCUCGAGAAAUUAAAGGCAGGCCAUGCCAGCGAGAUAUUGGAUGACCGUCUGGCUGAUCACCUGGAUGAAGAAUUUCUUGGAGGCUGGCUUAGUUUAGCAUCCUGGUGUACAAGUUAUGAAGUGGAUGACCGCCCAAGAAUAGAAGAGGUAGGGGAGCGGCUGUGGGAAAUAUGGAAAGACCAUAGAAAUCGCACAGGAGAGCCGUAUGAGUACGAGAGGAGUUGGGAGGAAUUUGUGGAAGUGGAGGGGAUACCCAGGGCCAGGGGUGUCGACUCCAGAGACAAGAGCAGCGGGCAUGCGGAGUUUCCUGCAGAAGGGAAGGUGACAAAGCACCAGUAUUCGCCUGAUGUGAGCAGUCCACAGUUGCAAAUGACCGAGUACUACGCUUCUCCUAUCGGUUCUGAUAUCACACUUUCUCCUCCACUCUCUCCCCGGUAGAAAUCAGCAGUUUCAGUUUUGAGCCUGACUGGUAAAGUAGGCGACAAGCUGGACCCUGGAACUUUCGCAGCACUGUGACCUUGAGCCCCUGACAAUCCUUUGUCAUGAACUCCGCUGCUGUAACCCUCUGCUGACUGGUUACACUUGUACUAGCAUUCUCAUCGGCCAUGGAGGAGCUGUGCUAAGCUGACAAAACCAGGCUGCUACGACUCUGAACUCCGUCCAUGCCCGUUGUGCAUGGUGAUUCGAGGCCAUUGACGUCGCCAGGAAACUUACUGGAGGACUGCAAGGAAUCUGCCGUGUUCCCUACAGGAUUGCCUUCCGCACGUCCCUUGCCCUGAAUUGGAUCCUUUUAUGUGUUCUGCUGCUGCAAUCCAGAAACGCUGCAGAGUUUGAUUGUAGUUUUGAGGGUAGAAGAGCCCACACUAUUGUCUUCUUCACAGCGCCUGGUUGGGUUUGUUUUGCUCAGUUAAUUGGCACUUUGGUUGCUGGAAACUGCCAACAUGGGUUCUGAGUUUGGGAAUUGCUAAUGCAUGAUCCUUGUUCCAGUAUGGACAAUAUGCAUAGCUUGAUGUGUCAUCCAACCCGUUUGCCGGCGGCCGUGUCGUGUGUGAGACCUGUUGUAGUGGUACUAGAGUUUAGGAACCCUGUGCGUACUGCCCAUGUUCAAUACGUAGAUUUUUCAUGGCCAGGUGGUUACUUUUGUGAUUUAUUCUUUGAACCCCUUUCUUCAGUGGAAAAAUAACAAUUUGGGACUGGCCUCA